GGCUUUUGUUGCAGCCAACUGCAGUUUCAGGGUAAACUUGUAACGAUGCCUUUUCGUCCAUAGAUGUGCAUCAAAGCAAUUAUAACUGUAUUUUCAACAUUCUUUGACAUAGUCAUGUUUUACUUAUUUGCAUACAUAACAUGUUUGACCUAUGCGGUGCAUGCUCGGAACGCUUCAUGAAAUAUUCAAAUAAAAUACCCUAUUCAAACGCCCACCUUUAACUACUAACACAUAUUUUACUACACACAAACCUUCAAAUCAAUGCAACAUUGAACGAGUAGCCUAUAAUUCAUGAAACCUACUGAAAGUAGCAUCUUGCUCUGCUAUCUAUACAAACCUGUUUUGAUGGGCCAACUUCUGAAAACAAACAUUUCACUCAAAUAAUUGACUAUUUUUUCACAGUGUGUGCCAAAGUGUUUAGGCAACAAUAAGAAUUCACAGCAAGGAUUUUAGAGGAGUGGAAUGGAAGUUAUGUGAAAGUAUUAAACGAAGUUUCAGAACUUCACCACAGGGCUAGAGAUGACAGUGCAUGACGGUCGCGGCAGCUCAUUAUCCCGCUCCCAUUCAUCCGCCCUUUCAUUGCGAUGCAAACUCUUUGGCAGAGUCGUUUGUCUCCGCAUUGUACUUUAGUUGGGAAUGCAAUGGUUGUCAGGACUCUUAUUCAGUUUCAAGAUAGUUUAUUGAUGAGCUCUGACUUUUAGCACUUUUCACAUUUCAAAGGAAGUCAAGUGUACGCAUCCACGACCACGACUUAAUUUUAUGGUCUGCGCGUUGCGACACUUUCACCCCUCUUUUAGGUUACCCCACCACGCCACAACCCCCCUCGUUUCUUAUUCCACGACACGGAAUCUGUUCCAUUUGAACAAAUGAUUGGAACACCCCUAGCCGAGACUGGUUCUCCAAUUGUAACCUAAAAUGCAGGCAAGGAGGGGUUGCUUUGGAGUGCCAGGCAUUCUACAAAUGUAGUUCGGGUGUGUGGUCAUGACUGCAAAGACAUUUGGUUAUAUUUACGUCCUGUGUUAUCUAUAAUCUAGAAGCCUCGACGCUGCGUCCUGCCUAUCAUUUGAUCCAUAGAAAAUUAAGAAAGAUCAUCAGCCUCGGUAUUAUAUUUAUUUAGUCGGUAGAUAUUGUUUGUCAUUUAGGGGUAAACAACCAAAUCUACAAGAUGUGAUGUCAGUCAACAGCAACACGUGCAGGUUUGCGCUUGCUUCAGUGACUGCACUCUGCCCUUUAGGCUGCUGCGUAAAGAUUGUAGGCUAUGCAAAGCUUUCAAAAGCUACCGCCUAAUAAAUCCCUUACUGGAAUAAUUCAGUAAGCGGAAUCUUUCAAUUCAGCCUUUAGAUGUUUAAAAUAAAUAAACGUUAACGUAUCACACUAUGCAAAUGGUUAAAGCGGUGUUCUAUUGGUUUUUAUCAGUGAAUUAUCAGUCGUAAACUAUCAAAAAAUGAAGAUGGACUGCAAAUGGUUCAUGUUGAUCCGUUUGAGGUCGGCACGCAGCAUGUGUUCACUGCCCUUACGUCCAUUUGCAACUUCAGGUUCAUGGUUAGUGUAGGAAAUAUUGUAUGCGUUCCACGAUCGUGGAGCCCUGUGAGUUGCACUUGCCCUCCCUUGCCCUCAUCCAAUAGCAUUUUUAAAGGAUAUAUUCCGUGUAUGUGUGUGCGUGUGUGUGUACGCGCGCGCGCGUGUGUGUGUGUGUUAGAGAAGGAGAAAUUAAUGUGCAUGUGCAGAGUGAUUAGUGGGUUUGAAAAGCAAGCUCUGGCUUUGCCCGGUUUCCCGCUCUGGCACCACGAAGUAGGAGGAAGUGUUUCGCUAGAAGAUGAUGACAGAGGUCAGGCACUGCUAAUGGGCCACUGAAGAGGAGUGGAGGCGAGGCACAGACCAGGAACACAUACAUUAAUACACUAGUACCAUCACCAAUCAGCAUAGGGAUUUCCAUCUCUAUUCAAGAUCACUUGGAAAAUAUAUACAAGGACAAUUAUUCGACGGGGCUAUCCAGCACUGUGGCUCCGUCUCUUUUGCGCUCAGACUUAUCAACAAGGGCUUUGGCUGCAGUGUACACAGGAUGCCUCAAAAAGAAUACUAUAACCGGGCCACGUGGGAAUCUGGCGUUGCGUCCAUGAUGCAAAACAGACAAGAGGUGUAUGACAUCUGUAACGAAGGUCACAGCGGAGUGAAUCAGCUUGGCGGAGUGUUCGUCAACGGCAGACCCCUGCCGGACUCAACCAGACAGAAAAUAGUCGAGCUUGCUCACAGUGGCGCGCGGCCGUGCGAUAUAUCCAGGAUUCUGCAGACCCAUGGUGAUGCAAAAGUCCAAGUGCUGGACAAUGAAAACGUGUCAAACGGCUGUGUGAGUAAGAUUCUGGGCAGAUACUAUGAAACUGGCUCCAUCAGACCAAGGGCGAUCGGGGGUAGCAAACCAAGAGUAGCAACUCCCGAGGUGGUCGGAAAAAUUGCCAUAUACAAGAGGGAGUGCCCGUCAAUCUUCGCGUGGGAAAUUCGUGACAGACUGCUUUCAGAGGGGGUCUGCACAAACGAUAAUAUACCCAGUGUAAGUUCAUUGAGUGUGUCAUCGAUAAACAGAGUACUGCGCAACCUGGCUAGCGAAAAGCAACAGAUGGGCGCAGAUGGCAUGUAUGAGAAGUUGAGAAUGCUGAACGGUCAGACUGGGACGUGGGGAACCCGGCCGGGCUGGUACCCCGGAACCUCAGUGCCAGGACAGCCCAACACAGAUGGUUGCCCACCGUCAGACGGCGGAGGUGAGAACACUAAUUCAAUAAGUUCGAAUGGAGAAGACUCGGAUGAGACCCAAAUGAGACUUCAGCUGAAAAGAAAAUUGCAAAGGAACCGCACUUCGUUCACACAAGAACAGAUAGAAGCGCUUGAGAAAGAGUUUGAAAGAACUCACUAUCCAGAUGUUUUCGCAAGGGAAAGACUUGCUGCAAAAAUUGACCUCCCAGAGGCCAGAAUACAAGUGUGGUUUUCAAAUAGAAGGGCAAAGUGGAGGAGAGAGGAGAAACUCCGGAAUCAAAGGCGGCAAGCCAGUAACUCCUCCAGUCACAUCCCUAUCAGCAGCAGUUUCAGCACCAGUGUCUACCAGCCCAUCCCACAGCCCACGACACCAGGUUGGAUAUCGUUCUCGUCAGGAUCCAUGUUGGGAAGACCAGACACAGCCCUUACAAACACAUACAGUGCCCUGCCACCUAUGCCAAGCUUCACCAUGGCCAACAACCUGCCUAUGCAAGCUCCUGUGCCCAGCCAGACCUCCUACUCCUGCAUGCUGCCCACCAGUCCCUCAGUCAACGGGCGGAGCUACGACACGUACACCCCUCCUCAUAUGCAGGCACAUAUGAACAGCCAGUCAAUGGCAGGCUCAGGAGGCAACUCAACAGGUCUCAUCUCUCCUGGAGUAUCUGUUCCUGUCCAAGUGCCAGGCAGUGAAGCAGACAUGUCCCAGUACUGGCCCAGGCUACAGUAGAGACACGACUACCGUCAAGGUGUGACUCCUCGGAUAUUGUCUUGAACGAAGAGGCUGUCCAGCAGUAUUUAAUUACAGACAAGAGAAAAUAGACUCUAAAAGACACUAUUUUGUACUGGGAUUGUGCCAU